CCGGAAGUGUGACUUAUGUGUCCCCGCCCCGGCUGCUCAGUCAGUCCAACCUGAAGAGAAGGAGAGUCCACGGGCUAAAAAUAUAAUAGCUAACACAAGAUGGCCGGUUUGCCUCGUAGGAUUAUAAAGGAGACACAGCGGUUGAUGGCCGAGCCUGUUCCCGGGAUCACGGCCACGCCUGAUGAAGGGAACGCACGUUACUUCCACGUGGUCAUCGCAGGGCCUCAAGACUCUCCGUUUGAAGGAGGCACAUUUAAACUUGAACUAUUCCUUCCAGAAGAGUAUCCUAUGGCAGCUCCCAAAGUGCGAUUCAUGACCAAAAUCUACCACCCCAACGUCGACAAACUGGGAAGAAUAUGUUUAGACAUUUUGAAAGAUAAGUGGUCUCCAGCCUUGCAGAUCCGUACAGUGUUGCUAUCUAUCCAGGCGUUAUUAAGUGCUCCCAAUCCAGAUGAUCCCCUGGCAAAUGAUGUCGCAGAGCAGUGGAAGAAAAACGAAAGCCAUGCCAUUGAGACAGCCCGAACAUGGACCCGGCUCUACGCAGGCAACACUGAAGUAUAGAAGAAGAGAGACGAGGCGUCUGAAUGUGAAACACAAAAUGUACUCCUAUUCUGUCAACAUUUGAAUUUAACGGACACAAAAAAAAGAGAAAAAAAAAGAUUAUAAGUCCAAAUCUAUUUGAACGAAAUGGCGAGAUUCACUGCUGCAGACCUCUGGGUGACUUGUUUGACUGAUUUCCCUCUAAGACGCGUUAAAUGUGUGUUAGUCUUUUUUUUCUUUUUCUCCCCGUGUUGCUAUUUAAAUGCAUGAAGAAGGAUGGCACCCUCCCCACUUCAGUCUUAAAAAUAACAUGCAAUAUGGUACGUUUGCAAAAUAUACAUUAAAGCUGCCCUCCUUUUAACACAUGCAUCAUUUGUCAACACAUCUGUACGUCUUUUUGUGAGAGAUGACAGGUUUUACUUCAACACAUGGUGUACAGCUGCCUCCUCACCACCACUACUAGUAGUAAGCAGUCGAAAAUUAUUAAUAUGAAUGAGGAAAAUUCCCUUUACUCUCUUUAGGGAAUAAGAUGAGUUGUUAGGACGUAAGCCAGUACACUGUACGAAAAGGAUGGAUGAAUUUCCACACCUUUGUGUCUGCAUAGCAACAAAUUCACAAGACCGAAUAUUUAAUAGGUGGUGCAGCUACUGUAGUUCACCCUCGCCUCACAUGGGGCGCUGACGUUUUGCGCGCACACGACAAACGUGAACUUAUUUGUGGAAUUGGACACAAAAACAAGUCUGUUGAAAUGGUUCCACACAGAAAACCUGCUCAAAUGGUUCUUCAAUCCUUUAUAAACUAUAACUUCAGCGUGAAAUAUAGGAAGAUUAAUUAGAGACAAAAAAAAAGGAAAAGAGACCUUUUCAUCCACAUGAAUUUCAAGAUGUCUUGAUACCUGCCAAAUUAGCCGGUAAAGAAUACACAGUACUUUAAAGACGCAGCUAACGUUAAAUUGCAUUAAGUUGUGAUUUCUUUUCACUACUUACAGCUUAACAUCGGUCUCAAAUUGAUAGAAAACCCGGACUACUGUGCGAUCAGAUGCCUGAUUCCAAUUAGAUGAGGAUUGUUCUGAAAGAAUCCAAAAAUUGACCCGUUAAAAUGUGAGCUUUUGUUUCUAUCACGUCCAGCAGUCUGUUUUGGCAGUAGAAUGAAAUGUCGUUAGAGACAAACUGUGGAUGUGAUGUUUGCUUCAUCCACAGUUUAUUUCUUUCCAGGGAUCAGUUUUCUCAAAUCUGUACAAGCUUGAUUAAAAGUGGGAGUUUUUCCGGCCCUGUUGGGGCACUUUGGGGGAGGGGGAGCGAGUCCCUUCCACACACUUACAAAAAAAAAAAAGCUUUUCCCAACACAUCCAGAAAGGUAGACUAAAACGAUGUGUUGAAAACACCAAUUUUUUUUAAGAGUGUAGGGACCUUGAGCGUUUUUUAUUUUCUGAUUUUGUGUGUUUGUUUUUUAAUUUCUGUCCAUGCUAUCUAUGUUGCCUGUUCCCUGUUUUAUUUACAGUGUUAAUUUAAAAAAAGGCAUGUACCAUAACAAAACUGAUAUCGGGACUAGUUUUCUUCAGGGGUUUUGUUCUCAGAGUUGUGGUGCUUUCUUUUCAGUUGAGGCUCAUCUUUUUUUGGGGGGGGGGGGGGGGGGGGGGGGUUGUCAAUUGCUUGUUUCUCUCCGUCGCUUUCUAAAGUGGGUCUUUACCUGCUUCUGCUCGUUUUAUAUGAUCUGUGCUGAUUAUGCAAGUGGAUUAAAUUUAUUCCGGAGGAAAGAUUGGCUGUUAUCAGGAAUACAAAAAAUAAAGAUAAGGGGUCUGCAACGCGCUGUUACAGAUUUUCUAUUGGCUAGAAAUCUAGAGAUCCCUCAAAACUGCACGCGGGAAAAUCCUGCGUCAAAUUCUGCUUUGAGAUUCAUUGUUGACCCGUCGAGGAGCUGUCUAUUAAAAAUAGGCUGAAACUUUCCUUUUAAACAGAUGCUGUGUUAGUGGGUUAGAGGGAUCAGUGUGACUCGUCGUCCAGUGACUUAGGCCCUCCGUGAUCAUCUCGCUUCUGUGUGGCUCAUCUGAGGGAGGACUGUAACGUUACGUUGUGGUACAACUAUUUUUGUUUUCCUCUUUUCUUGCUCUUUCUUGGAAUAUAUCGCGGGCUUUGGUGUCGCUUAGGUUCGUCUGUGUCCUGUCCUCACCCAGAAGUAUUUACCGUUUCUAACCGCUGCAUUUACUCACGUCCGUAUGAUGGAGCACGGCUUAAAUAUGUAUUGUUUCACUGAGGACCUUGACGGCCAUCUUAAAAACGAGAAACAGUCACUCACUGGAUUUUUGAAGCAUCUAGAUCAAAAAAAUAAAAUAAAUAUUGAGAGAUCAAGCUCUUUAUUAAUCAGCUCCCCAUGUGUAAAGAAUAAGAAGAGUUCUGUCGGUAAUUUCAGUACAUUUGCAUACAUGGCUCUUCACAACACUCUGUAAAUAAACUGAGUUGAGUAAGUAA